AUGACGUCGAACUUGAAAUUUGUGCUGGAGAUGUUAGACAAGUAUCCCGUUCAACUUGAAGACCCUUAUCUGCGAUCACGCAAUAUUGAGUGCCAGCAGCGGUCACAACUGCAAAGCAGGAACAGCGCAGACCAAAUGAUCUCCAAGAAAGUGUGA